AUGUCUACCGGAGACCCUGGGUCCCCACUGCCGGCACCGCCACCACCGGUAUCCGCCACCAGCGUCCAGCCCCCCCGCGACCGGAUCCCGAUAAGCUCGAAGAAGACGCAAGUCACGGGCCCCGCCACCGCCGCACCCAACUAUGCUGCCGCUGCGAGUCAGAUGGCGACUCAAACACCUGAACAACAGAAACAACAACAACAGCGUGCCAAGGCUCUGGGCAGCCUCCUACAAGCCAUGGGUGCUGUACCCGGAAACCGCAUGGAUCGCUGGGUCCAGGCCAUCUACUUCGCCGAACUCUACCCCGUCGCCACCGUCACAUCGCUGAAAUUUUCGGCCUUGAACGCGAACCGGUCCGUCGAGAACAUCUUCGAUUACGCCCUUGAAGUGACUCUGUCUCACCAGAGCGCCUCGCGAGCGACUCAUGCCGACAAGAUCGAUCUCGUGGCCUGCGUCACGAGGCUGCUAUCGCCCAUCUCUCCUAUCUGCUUUGAGCCUGGAGUUCCUCUGCCGGACCAUCUUGCGGCUUAUCAACCACAGAUCUUAGGCGUACAACAUUCAUCAAUCCUGCGUAAUGGGGCGGCUCACCAUCGCGUUACGGUUGGGUUCGUCACCGGCGAGGCACGUGACGCGGCGCUCACGACGCCCCCCGCUCUCACUUGGCGAUCGGCGAAGGCCCGCUUCGCGAAGUCUCACAGGUUCCACCAUAACAUGGUCGAGCUUCGAAUCAACGUCGGUGUUCAAGGAGUGCCCUCCAUGGAUGCCAUCAUCAAAUCGUUCCAAUCACUUGUGCAAGACCUGUCAGCAAGGGACAUUCAUGCCAACUUGUGCAGGUUCUGCGCGUUAUCAGCGUGGACAACGCCUCGGCCUUCGCCCACGUUGCCGGAGACUACUCGGCUUUCCUACACUUCGAUGACGACUCCCUAUUUCAACGCCCCAACACGACCUUGAAGGAGAUUCUACCUUCGAGGAUCGACCUUCCCACUCGAGGCAUCCCGGUUACCGCCCUUCGCCAUGACUAUGAGAAGGAGGCGGCUUGCGGUAGGUGCCACUUUGUGGGUCACGUGGGAACCUGCGGACUGGAUCAGGAGAGGAAGCGGAAGGAGGCUCACAACGGCAUCAUCAACAGCAACAAAAACACCAUCACCCACAACACCAACAUCGCGGAGGCCGAGGCCCCCAUUCCUGUGCUGGUUGUUAACAGGAUCGCAUCACAGAAUCACUUCGCCGGGCUCGAGGUCGAGGAGGGACAGGAGGAAGAGGUAACUGGCCAGGGCGAACAGGGACCGGAGGAAUCGGGGGAGGAAGACGCUGGUGAUAAGGCGGAUGACGAGGACUCGGAGGACUCGGAGAUGGAAUCGGAGGCGGCCGCGAAAACGGAGGUCAUCAAAAUUGAAAGCGAGGACGAGUCGGUCUUGGAGGACUGCAGCGGAUCCGAUGGAGAGGUGAUUGAUGAGAAUGAGGUGAUGGCGGAUGAAAGAGGUGAAACGGAAGGAGAGGUGGCUACGGAGAUGGAGGAAGAGGAGGUGGCGACGGAGGUGGGCGAUGUGGACGAAGCGAGGGGAUCGACGAAAGCGGAGAAUGCGGAAGCGACGGACUUAGGGGAAACGAACAGGCUGGACAAUGACGACGACAGCGACGCCACAGCAACCGCCGCCACCGCUUCCCGCGAAUCGACGCCGCAUGAACCAACCCCACCUCUGUCACCCGAAACUCUCGCCAAGUCGCUACGCGAGGGGAGGAGUGGGACAGGAUCAGAGCUAACUGGGUUGAGCAGGCACGACUUGAGCGGGAUCAAAGCAUCGAGAGGAGGCUCAACGCUGAAACCCCUUUGGUGCGUCACAACUUUGCCACGUGGGACGAGGACGGUGAGAUACGCUCCAUCAACAUCAGGGGACCGCUGCGAAGUUCAAGAAGCAGGUGAUGAAGAGGUCGCAGACUGCGGCGGACCUCAGUGACCCAAGUGACGAACCGACCGACGCCAAGCGAGUCAUCAUCAAAGGGAAGAGCCGCGUCGUGGUGAAGGAUGGAAUAGAGGGCGGAGGGUGACGAGGUCGAUGUCGGCGGCAGCGGCGAUGCAGGUCGAGGUGACGAAGGUGGACAGAGGGAAAGGAAGAGGGGUAGCUGAGGAAAAACGAUGGUCCGACCACGAGCCCGAGGACGAUGUCCUGCCCGCCCUUCCCCUCUUUGAGGACGUCACCACCGCCAAGAGCGCCUCGACCUCGACUACCCAUUAAUGAUCAAGCACACCAUCAUCACCUGGAACGUAAGAAGGGGCAUGGGGGUCCCGGAAAAACGACGUAAUAUCUACACCUACCUUUCCACAUUCAAAGCUUCCGCGAUUCUCUUACAAGAGCAUUUCAUCAGACCACAAUUCUGGCAGCUCAUCAAGGACGAGUACGAGGGCAAGCUCUUCAUCAACCAGCACUGCCUGACCCUGAUCCCGGCCGACUCGCCCCUGAUCGACGCCGAGCUCUUGCGCACCCACUCGGCACUCGACGGCCGGCUCCUCGUCACCUCCUUUCGUCUGCGGGGCGACAUCAAAAUUCUAGAAAUCAAUAACCUCUACGCGCCCGUUGACCCAAAACAACGAGCAAAAUUCUUCGACAAACUGAUCCUCCACAAAACACAGAAAUCCCACCUCCGACUCCUUGGCGGCGAUCUCAACGACUGCCCGCGCCCAGAAGUCGAUCGGCGGAACCAAAGUCGGCGCGGCCACCACUGGCCGAUUCUGAUGGGCAAGCUCGACUCGGCCUACACGGACUGCAUCCGCUACAAGCACCCCAUCACCCCAUCUUUCACUCGACCUAAUCCCAAUCGCAAGCGACCCAACUCCUUCUCCCGGCUUGACUACUUUCUCCUACAAAGAGCUCACCAAAAAAGGCUCGACCAGGCCUCGACGAUCUACGACUAUCCCAAGGAUCUUUCCGAUCACCGACCGGUCUUGAUCGUACUAGCUCUCUCAGACGAUCUUGAUGCGGCUCUCCCACAGCUCAGCCUACCUACCACAUCCGACCAACUACAUCGAAUCAAUACCACAACCUUCAAGACGUGGAAUUUCAGCGGAUGAUGGAAGGAUGGUUGGAAGGGGCAAGCGGGGAGGAUCCGGUGCGAGAGCUUGAGGAGGUUCUGGAGGCGUGCAGGGACAGGGGUGGGGAGAUGGCGAGGAGGCUGCAUCGGGAGCGGACGGAACGGAUGGAGUAUUUGGUGGGGAGGGUGCAGGAUCUGGAGGCGUUACCGGUAUGGGGGAGGCGGAAACGGCAGAAUGGACAAGGACGUCCGAGGAACUCAAGCGGGCGGUCGAGGAGCGCGCGCGCCUACUCCGGAUCCGAGCCCACGUCCCCGAGAUCGCUUCCGAGGAACGACUGUCGCGGCCGGUCCACGCCAAGCUCGCGGCGCGGAACUCGGACUCCAAGAUCACAGCACUGCGCUUGGGCAACGGAGAGCUAACGCAUGACAUUGAUGUCGCUCUUGACCACACGCAGGCGCAUUUCCAGCGCCUCUACCACAUCGAGCCUCGUGAUCCGGAACGCGUCGACCGACUUCGGGACGAACUCCUCGUGCCGAUCAGGGCGGCACGGACUUGCGACGACCCGCGCUCAGAUCCGCUCUUUCUGCGCCGACUCUCGGAAGCGCAGAUUGAUCUCCUCCAGCAACCCAUCACCGAGGACGAGGUCGUGGCCGCGAUCGGGACGACGCACCCGGGGCGAUCGCCGGGCCCGUCGGGCGUGCCUUACGAACUCUAUCAGACCGCACCGGAGGCGUGGUCCAAGGUGCUGACCAAGGCCUACAACGCGAUGAUCGAGCGCGGUUCACUCUCUCCCAAGCAGGGCCAGGGACUCGUGCGCCUCAUCUUCAAGCGCCACAAGAAGAAUGCCGAUCGCGCCGAACUCUCGUCGUAUCGCCCCAUCACCCUGCGCGAGUGCGAUUACAAGAUUUUUACCAAGGUCUACGUCGCCCGAUUGAACCAAAUUCUGCCCGAUCUCCUCCCGCCGCAGCAGCACGGCUUCGUCAAGGACCGCCGAUCGGCCGACGCUGCACUACACCUUCGUCUCCUGAUCGAGGAACUUGGCGCGCGCAGGACCGAGUUCCCCGCGGCCGCGCUCUUGUCUCUUGACCAAUCAUCCGCCUACGACCUCGUCGAGCAUGACUGGAUCUUUGCCAUCUUCGACGCUCUGGGCGCUCCUACCACCUUUCUUCGCGUGCUGAGGAUGCUCUACUCGGGUGACUCGACCUCGGCGCGCUACAUCAUCAAUGGGUUCCUGACGGCGCCGGUGCGACUGACGUGUGGGCUCGGCCAAGGGGACCCGGCGUCAUCGUCGGUCUGGGACAUCGUGUUUCAGCCGUUCCUGGAUGCUCUACACCGUCGAAACAUCGCGCUGAAUCUCUCCAUACCUGCACUUCAUCCGUACCCACAGAGCCGCGCCAUUACAUCACUUGCAUUUGCCGAUGACGUUGUCGUCGCCGUCGCGGGCUUGGAGUCACUCAACUUGCUCGAUGACCUGGCGCUCGACUGGAGGCAUGCAACGAAUGGCCGGCUCAACACGGACAAGACGGUCGUCCUACCGAUUGGACGUCGCUGGGACCCUGGGGAACGGCCAAUCGUCGUCAAGGCCGCAGGCGAGUCGCUCGAGUGGAUCGGCCUCCCCUUCGACCCCAGCGGCGACACCGAACUCGCCUACGCGAAUCUCAUCGAACGGCUCGAGGCGACGCUGGAAGCGGUUCAGCAUCGCUGGCUCACGCACCACACCCGUGCCUUUUACGUCAAUCGGUACGCCAUUCCCAAGAUCCUGCAUUUCCUUGCAGCCGACAUCCCGCCGCCCAAAGUCGUCAAGAAGCUCGAUGACAUGCUCGUCGAUUUCGUCCGUGGGGGCAAGGGCAGGACCAGCUACGGCAGAGACAUUGUGUUCACCGCCAAGAACAAGGGGGGACUCGGGGUGAUAAGGAUGCGGGACGUUGUGGACGCGGUUGCGGCACGGCUCUGGGACGUUCUUCUCGGCGGUUCCGGCGCGAUUUGGCAAGGACUUGCGCGCGCAUCACUCCAGCGAGCUCAGCCCGACCUCGACCUGGCCACCGAUCUCUGGCCACAUCCAUCCACUCCCAUCCCCAACGACCUUCAUCCCCGAUGGCACGCCGCACUGGGCGUUCCGAAACUUCACGACGCGCAGGUCAACCCGAGGGCCUUGACCACCGCGAACUUGCUCGCGCUGCCCACCCUGCUCGGCAGCCUCCACACCCCCAUCAGAGGGAGACAGACCAUCGACGCGGUUCAUGUACCUGACUACCUUCGUCUCCAGGGCUACCCGAAGGUGGCGGAUCUCUAUCGACGCGAGUUGUAUGCGGGUGGGGGGUUUCACCUCUGGACGCCGCCGGCGGAUGUGCUCGGCGACAACAGCGAGUACGAUCGACGCGGGCUCCCGCAGCGACUGGCAAUCGCGGCCUGGUACCGGUUCACUGUCGAUCGACACAAGAACACCCCUUGGCGGCGGCGGUGGCGGCGGGACGACUCAACGUGCCUCCCCGGAUCGGCACCAGCGCACCACUCGAGGCGAUCAUCCCCAAGCCCGUGGCCCGCUUCGCAAUGGAGCAGCGCCUUCCGGACCCGGUGCUUCCACAACAGGCGAGCCAGUAUACGCUGCUGAACAUGGCUCGCCCUACACAGUCCGUCGCAUCCGCCGGGUCCUGAACGCGAAGGCAUUUACCAACAUGCUCGGCUCAAGGGACCACCGCAGCCGGACGACCUCAGGAGCUUCUGGAAGGCAGUCAACUCGAAGGCACUGACGGCGAGGGAGAGGGAAGUUUGGUUCAAGCUGAUCCUCCGCUUCACCCCGACGCGCAAACUCCAGCACGAGCAAAAGCACGACACUUCUCCCGCGUGCCUCGUGUGCGAAGCGCCGGUGGACGACACCGAUCACUACUUCUUCGGCUGCGUCGACUCGCGGAACAUCUGGACCGCGGCAAGGGCGUGCUCUGCGACGCGCUCGGAUGCGACACGAUCGAGGACGCCGAGUACACGACACUACAACGACUCUUUGGCCUCCCCAAGCUCAAGGCCAAGCUCAGCGAACAGGAAGGCGCAGGCAGGACGAUCGAGAUCUUCACGGGGAUGGUCUUGGAGAUGAUCAGCAGUGGGAGAUGGAGGAUGCAGAAGCACGGGACGAGGAUGGAAAGCCUGGAGCGGAGGAGGGUGGUACUGGAGGAGAGGAUGAAGUUGAGGGCGGGGGAGCAAGGGGCGGGCGAGGGCAGUAGAGGCUGGGUUCGAUUUCCCCCCACCCGAUCCCACACUCACACACCCCACAUCACACAUCCUCUUACAAAAACUGUAUACUAA